GCAGGAAAGGGAAAAAUCCAACCACCACCAAGAAAGAACAGCCAGGAGUCAGCACGUUUUGGACCUGUGAUCCCUGUACUGAGAAGCUCCUGGAACCAGGAGACAGAGAUAGAGAAAGAUAUAAAACUGAAGGCAGAGACCCGUCAGCAGGAGACAGCACAGUAGGCUUCCCUACCCACGGAGAGAAAAACCUCCAGUUCCUGACUCCCAGGCAGCAAGAGAAUCACUUGAAGAAAGGAGGAAGAGAUUGUAGGAUUUGAAUAUCAUCAUUUCUGGGGACACUCUUCAUGGAAGACUGAGAUUUCUGAACAGAAAAUAGAGCUGAUCCAGAAAACACAAGGACAGAGCAUCCAAGUUGCUGGCAAAUGUCCCAGGAACAAAAGAAAAUGGUCGAGGCACAGGAAUCACUGACGUUUAGUGAUGUGGCUGUGAAGUUCACCUGGGAGGAGUGGCAGCUCCUGGACCCUGCUCAGAAGGACCUGUACCGGGAUGUGAUGUUGGAGAACUGUCGCAACCUGGUGUCUGUUGGGUGUCAAGUUAACAAACCAGAUGCGCUUUCCAGGUUGAAACGAGAACAACCAUGGACUGUAUUAGACGAAAACCAUAGUGGAAUCUUUUCAGAAAUCAUGAACAUUGAUGAUCAUCUGCUUGGACACUCACAAAAAGAAAGCAAGGUGAACAGCAAGGAACAGUGCUAUGAGCAUAAUGCAUUGGUAGAUAUCGUUCAUCGGCACAAAAAUCAUUUUCCUUUAAGGGAAAAUCAUGCUAUGUUUGACUUACAUGAAAGAGCUGUGAAAUCAAAUUUAACUUUACCAUCAGUCAACCACAGCAAAUGCGAUGAAAUAAAGAACUCUGCUGAGCUCACUGGAGAUGAGAAAACCUUUCUCCAUGAUGCCCAGGAGCAAUUUUGUUUGGAAAUGAAAUUCCCUGAAAGUCAAAAAUCCAACAGCACGAAAUCUCAACUCAUUCAGCAUCAGAAAACUCACAAAACAGAGAUAUCACAUGUAUGCAGUGAACGUGGGAAAGCUGUCAUUAGUAAGUCUUUCCUCACUGAGCCCCAGGUCAUUCAUACAGGGGAGAAACGCUAUAGAUGCAGUCUGUGUCGGGAAACCUUCUUUAAAAAGUUCAAGCUCAUUGAACAUCAUCACACAACUCAUAAAGGACAAAAAUCGUAUAAAUGCAUGGAAUGUGGCAAAGCCUAUCUGCAUAAAUCACAGCUCAAUAAUCAUCAGAAAGCUCAUCUGGCAGAGAAACCCUAUAUAUGCCAUGAUUGUGGCAAAGGCUUCAUCCAGAAGACACAUCUCACUAUUCAUCAGCGAACUCAUACUGAAGAGAAGCCAUAUAUAUGCGAUGAAUGUGGUAAAAGCUUCAACCAGAAGGGACAUCUCAUAGUUCAUCAGCGAACUCAUACUGGAGAGAAACCCUAUAUAUGCAGUGAAUGUGGAAAAGGCUUCAUCCAGAAGGGAGAUCUCACUAUUCAUCAGCGAACUCAUACUGGAGAGAAACCCUAUAUAUGCAGUGAAUGUGGUAAAAACUUCAGUCAUAAGGGAAAUCUCAUUAUUCAUCAGCGAAUUCAUACUGGAGAGAAACCCUAUAUAUGUGGUGAAUGUGGUAAACAAUUCAGCCAGAAGUCACGCCUCAUAGCACAUCAGAGAUUUCACACAGGGAAGAUGCCUUUUUCGUGCAGUGAAAAUGGAAAAUCUUACUCCCAGAAUGCAACUUUCAUUAGACAUCUAAAAAUUCACGCAGGAGAGAAACCCUUUCAAUGCAGUGAAUGUUCGAAAGCCUUUGAAACGAAGCUAGAGGUCAUUGAACAUCAAAGAUCUCAUACAGGAGAGACACCAUAUUGCUGCAAAGAGUGUGGACAAACUUUUACCUGUACUUCUUCCUUUUAUUCACAUAAAAGAAAACACAAAAGAGAGAAAGGUGUAGAUUCAAUCAAGUUGGAAGACUCUUCCACAACAAGUCAGAUCUCAUCACAUACCAGUGAGCUCAUGCAGGAGAAAAGCCCUGUUAAUACAGCGACUGUGCAAAUGCCUUCUCUGGCACCUGAGACAUCAGUAAACAUCAGUGGGCUCCUAACUAAUAUGAACUUAGUCCUUGUGGGAGAGCCUGUUGCUAGAUGUGAACCCUCAGCAGAUAAUAGAGAAUUUGUACGGCAGAGAAACCUUGUGAAUGCAGUGAAUUUGGUGGUGCCUUCAGUGGUCAAUUAUGUCUUAUUUUAUGACAAAUAAAACCUAUAGGAUAAACUCAUACAUACACUGGGGACCAGGAUUGAGCAAAAAUUUCUACCUCAUUAUAUGGCUACAAAGUAUAUCCCAAGGGAAAUCAUGUGAUUGCAGAGGCUGGGAAGGCCUGAUACGCUCAUUCUGCAUAAAUAUGUACUUUGAUAUUGGGACAUAGUCUGAUGUUAACACAAACACAUAUUCAUCAGUUCUGUUGUGCCAGUUAAAUGUAUGAAAGUCUGAGUUAAUCGGAAAUAACUGAAUUUUUAAAUCACAUAAGAUCAUCAGUGUCUGAAUGGUGCUGUAAAUAAAAAACCAAAUAGGGGUUGGUGGGAAAGGGGCAAUAUUAAAUUGAUGGGGUAGAGGGCACAUAUGUAUAAUUUUAGUUUGCCCAGAGCAUUGUGAAGGAUUAACCCAAAACUAUAUUGUCUGCUAUACAUAGUAGAACUUUAUAUUAUUGAGAUGGACCUACGAAACAAUGGUCUUACAUUGAGUCUAUUCAUUAAUAAACCACUUUAACUAUAGCCUGUCAGUUCUGUGUGGACACUAAAAUGAUUUAUCAAACCCAGAAGAAAAGUAGAGGGUACUGUGGGGAGGUCACCUGUUGUCUAAAUUGGAGGUAAGUCUGACCUCCUCCUCAUUGGAAUCAGCUUUGGGCUGUUGGUGAUUUGCUCUUGUGAAAUUACAGGACUUCAGUUGCUACUAGAACUGUAAAGUUGGUGUCAGAAGUGUGAUUCGUUGUCAUGGUUCCUGACUUAUGGAAAUAUAGGGUUUUGGAAGAGAAAGGAUGAAUGGGCAUGGCAUGAGAAAAUUUUGAUUCUUGGGUGAUUAUUUUGAUUUUUCCUAUAUGUAAUGGCUAAAAUGCAAGAGAUGAUAUGCUGCAGCAGUGGACAGGAAAGCUCCAUGUGAAGUGGAUUGGGGUAAAAGCCCAGCAGGCUAAGCAAGAUGAUUAAUAGGGGGCCAGGGCCUUCUGAUUCAACCCAGCUAAA